AUGGAAAAUUCAGCGCUCGGAACAGCUUUGUUUACUUUCCGCAGCUCAAGCAUAAGCAAACCUGGACCUGAUCUGCAGGACGAAACAAACGCACCAACGAGGCGAAGGAGAGGGAAAGGAAAGAGAAGACUUGUUGGACGUAAGCCUAAAACAGUCAGACCUUCAUCAAGCAGUCAAGAGAACAAGGAUUCACCAGCCUCCGAGGGUACCGCUGGCAGUAGCAGCAAUGUUUGUGAUUCAGAGAGUGAUGCAACAUAUACGGACUCUGAUUCUGAUGGCUCUGAUACAGGACAUAAAACCUGUAAGAAAUCUGUAAACGAGCCCCAUCUCUGCUCUGAGACUGAAUUUUUUUCAGAGACAACAGCGUCAGAACAGACAGUCAAUGAAACUGAUUUUGAAGAGCAAACAGAAGUACGGAAAAGGCGAAAACAUGUACCACAGUUAGCCUAUAGAAGAAAACAUGCAAGUAGACGAGUGGUUCCUCCUGAAUCAGAAUCUGAAGAGGAAGGUGAAAGACAUGCUACAAAGAGUUCGGACUCAGCAGGGGAGUUAUCUGUUACUGAAAGUUCCAGCAGUGAAGAGGAAAACCAAGAUGAAAAAUUGGAAGAAAAUGUUACUCGUUCUCAUUCUGUUGAUGCAAAUGAAGGGCAAACUGGAGCAAGGAGUAAAGGACCUGCUUCUGAGACAGAAGGAAGUAAUGUGAGUAAAAUUAAAAAAUCUGUUGCCUAA